AUUUAUUUAAAAAGACGAGAUAGAUAAAAGUUGUACGAAAAAUGAACAAAACGUUUUUGAUUUGUUGGAUUUUACUGACACUGUUGACAACAGUAGGUGAAGGAAGAGGUGGCUCUGGUGGAGGGAGUAGAGGAGGUAGUAGUGGCUCUAGAGGUGGUAGAACGUUCGCUGGGGGAGGCGGGAUAGGCAGCAGCUCUAGUAAACCUGGAGGCCUUAGCUCUGGACAUGGCUUUGCCCUAGUAGUUGGAAUACUGGCGGGAAUGGGGUUCCUUACUUGCAUUGUAUAUGGUGUAAUACACUGCUGCAAACACAUUGCUGAAGAAAUGCGUUACAGGGAUGUCAUCAACAUUCAAGAACGCCAACCAAGAUUAACAAACUAUAUAAAUGCACAAACAAACAGUAACUCAGUGGAAAGAGGAGUUGCAGAGAGUGAUGUAUUCAGAAAUGGGAAUGCAUUGACUAUGCCAAUGAGAACAGGAGCAGUAGAAAAUAGCAUUUAUGACAAUAGAAGUGUUCUGACUAGAACGAUAGGAACAAGUGUGAAUGCCAAUGGAAAUACAUUAAAUAGAAAUGUUCUCUGGAAUGUGCAAUCUGGCGAUUUAGUUGAAACCGUUGAACAUUAUCAAAACAAAACUUCCGAAGCGGAGCCACCGUCAUACGAAAGCCUUUUUGCUCAAAACCAGGAUGACAAAGCUACGUGCGUUAACCCUGGUCCGCUUGUAGCGCACAUGUAAAACAGAUAUAAACAAACCCCAUUUCGAUUCCUUUCUAUUUUUACUCGUUAUGAAAAGAAUUUGAUGUUGUACAUUUAAAAUAUGACAACAAAAAAACAACUACAAUUGGACACAAUAAUUGUUUCAAUAAUUCGAGUAUACAUGUACAUGUUGUAAGAAUGUUUUAUGGAUAACUUGUGUUAACUCUUUUUAUUGGUUUUAUGACUGACAGAACUGUGAAUAUGAAAACUGUUUACAAGGAAAAUGCAAUAAAAUGCAUAUAUAAUUAAGUAAUUACAUUGAAUCAAAGCAAUCAUGGAAAGUAUAAUGUUUUAAUAUAACAAAGGAGAGUGGUUAAAUGCAUUUACCCGUUAUAGAAAAAAAUCAUUUAACUGGUAUGUCAUCUCUUCAAUAAAUUUGUCUUUUAGUCAUUCAAAACGCAAUCCUCUUGAGUGAUAUAAGGAAUUAUUGAAAAAAUAUUUUUUUCGGUGUAUUUGUUUUUGAUACCUCAUCUGGCCCCAAUUUCUUAAAACCUUUUAAGUCUCUUAUAACAGGAUUUAUUAUAUGCCUAUCAAAUUCCUUUUCCAUAUCCAACAGUGAAAAUACAGCACGAAGUAUUAAAAAUUCCGUAUCAUGAUACUGUCGUUUUCUGAUUCCGUAUCAUGCGAGUAUCGUGCUUAAUCUCGGAACCACUUUCGCGUUGAUAAAAAUAGCGUGGCUUAAACCUGGUAAAACCUGUCAUAUUUUAAAUACAUUAAAUUAUCUAACUUUACUCACGCUGGAGAAGCAUGUAAAUAUUCAGACACAUGGUUCUCAUGUUCUUCAAAGAACCAUGAGGAUAAGCAAGAAGCAGAGAACACUUACAAUCUAUCAAGACAUCUACUUCAGUGUAGAUGUUUGCCAUUUCGAAGUCCAUAAUUGUUGCAUUAUCCAUGUUUAUUAUCAUAAACAUGAGCCGCUCGCCAAUACAAAGUAGAAUGCGAAAUCGCAUCAUCGAUAGAAAGAGCGAUUGACUCACGAACUUCCCUUGGAUCUGCAUAUUAUGAUCGUCUAAAACACCCACGAAUAUUUAUUUUGUAAAAAAAUGGCCGCGUUACGUCUACAGGAAAUGACGAUUAGUGAAUACUCGUAAAAUAACUCCCCUUCUUGUUGUUGUUU